UAAAAACUUAUGACAAGUGAAAUGGCCCAGUUAUGGCAAGAUUAUGAAUCUGGGAAAACAUUUAUCAUAAAUCAAGCUUAUAAGCAAAGCCAGAAGCAAUGCCUCCCAAAUGGAACCUUCCAAGCCCGUUUUAACUCUGAAAUAUCUGGUACUUGAGAUAAAGAAAUGAGGAAGUUAAGAGAGAACAAGAAAUAUUUAUGAAAAUCAAUAAAGAAAAUGAAGGAUAUUUGCUCUCCUUCUUUAACUAAGUUAGAAGGAUAUACUCAAUACCCGCGUCCUAAGACAAAACAAAUCAGCAAUACAACUCUAAGGAAGAGAAAUCUAACAGGAGGGUACUCAAGAGUUAAAUCUGUUAAAUUUUUUAAUAAAAAUGCCCCUUCAUACCUUAGCACAAACUAUCUUGUUGCUGAUUUCCACAAAACUGGUACUGCUUCAAGCAAGACCAGGAAUAAUAUUUCGAAAAAGUAUAUGACUCAUAAUAAAAGCCAUCGGAACUUAAAAUGAAUAAGUUCCCAACAAAGAGUGAGCAGUGAGACUAAGACUCCAGAUGUUGAAGAGGCUAAAACUCUUGAGUAUUAUCAGAAACUAAAGAGAAUCGCUUCUAAUCAAGAUAAAUUAUUGAUAUCUCCUUCAACUAAUUUACAUAAGAUCAUCAGAACCAUUAGGCCAACUCGGAUCGAAUCUGUGCUAGAUGAACAAAUCGAAGUCAAGAAACCUCCAAAGCUUUCUAAAGGUAAGAAAGAUGCAGUGGUUGAAGACCCUCAACAAGAGCCUUCUGAUAGAACUAUAAAAGUCUUAGAAGAGACUAGUGUUUCUGAAAUAAAUUUAUCACAGAAAGGGGAUGAAGAUUAUCUUGGUGAACAUUUGAGGAAACGAACUUCUUGACUUAUGAAGAAAUAAACUUUCUCAAUUUGAAAAAGCAGGGAAUAUUAUAAAAGAGUUUGAAGCUCCAAAAUCAACAAAAGCUUCAAAGGCAAGGAUGAUAUUCCAUAAGGUUCCUGUGAAGACUUCUGGCCAACAAUGGAGAGAUAAUCACAAUUUUCUGAAAACCAUAAAUCCAAACUACUUUGCUCAGGAGAAAUCACAGCUUAAUAAGGAUAAAAUGAUGCUACUGAAGAGAAGAGAUGGAACAAUCAUGAAAAACUUUGCGAUGCAGCUUGAGCUAGAGAUGGCCAAUAAGAAGAGUGAUAAGAAAUGGCGCAGGACACUUUAUUAG